AUGGCUUCGACAGUGCAGAAACGGAUAGUUUUAAGCGAUCCCUCGGAAUACCGACCAGAGUACAAGGACAAAACAGAAUAUCGAAAUUUUAACAUCCAUACGUGUCCCGCUCGGGUCAUUGACACAUACAAAAGCAUGCAUACUUUUCAGACAGUGGAAUAUGUCCAGGGAAAGAUCGACCAAUAUUGCAAAUUCAAUCACGCCGAAAUGACCAUGAUGGAAGCGUUGAAUUCCCUUGACUCGUUUUUGGAUGAAAGUGAUCCUGAUGUUGAUAUGCCGAAUUCCUUGCACGGCUAUCAAACUGCCGAGGGUAUUCGUAGGGCGCACCCGGACAAAGACUGGUUCCAUGUGGUAGGUCUGAUCCACGACGCAGGCAAAGUUAUGGCCCACUGGGGGGAGCCACAAUGGUCCACGGUAGGGGACACUUUUCCUGUAGGCUGUCUCCCAGACGAUCGAAUCGUUUUCGGGCGGGAGAGUUUCAAAGAUAAUCCGGACAUGAAAAAUGAAAAAUACAAUACAAAACUGGGAAUGUAUGAGGAAAACUGCGGAUUGGAUAAAGUUCUUUUGUCAUGGGGCCAUGAUGAAUAUUUGUACCGCGUCUUAACCUCUGACCUCAACACAUGCAAGAUACCGGAAGAGGGUUUGUACAUGAUCCGGUACCACUCAUUCUACCCCUGGCACUCGAGUGGGGCUUACGGAUACUUGAGUAACAACAAGGACGAAGAGAUGAAGGAUUGGAUCAAUGAAUUUAACAAGUUUGACUUGUACACUAAGAGCGCUGUGACGCCGGAUGUGGAUGAACUCCAGGCCUAUUACAGUGCACUCGUGGAGAAAUACAUCCCCGGCAAGGUGAAGUGGUAG